AUGUGGCUGUUCUUAGUGCUCACAGAAAUCCCUGCUGGCCUCUGCCUCCUGGAUGUUAGGAGUGACAGUGUGGACACCAAAGAGGAAGAUAAUGCUGUGUGUCUGUGUCCAGCAAAACCCUCCCCCAGUUAUAUUAAUCUUCAAGCAAAUUCCUUGCCAGCCACUUUCUUGAACAUCCAGACAACAGAGCUGCCUUCAGGAGCUGGCCAGAAGCCCAAGGAAUGCCUAGGACUCCUAGAGUGUGUGUGUGCCAACCUCCAGCUUCAGACCCAGCUUGCCCAACGACAGGUGGCUAUUUUAGAAAACUUGCAAGCUUCCCUAUCACAGCUGGGUCCUGGGCAGGAAAGCAGCAAGGGUUCUCUCCCAGUCUUAUAUUGCAGUCUGUUGUUAAAUCACCUGCCCCAACUCCAUAAAUGAACUGUGGAACAAAGAUACUGCGUUUGCUUUCUUUUCUCUCCUUUCAUAGGCUGG